AUGUACUCAACGGGACUUUUAUGGAGCCUAGUGGUGCUCGUGGCAUAUGCCGGGGCCACGCCCACUCCCUUCGACGGACGGAUUGUGGGCGGCGAGGUGACCACCAUCGGGCAAUUUCCCUAUCAAGUAUCCGUCCAGUUGAACGGACAGCACAUCUGCGGGGGAGCCGUCAUCGGAGACAACUUUGUGUUGACGGCGGCCCACUGCUUCGAGGGUUCCUCCGUAAUCGACAGCGAGGAUUACACCGUGCGAGUGGGCUCCAGCGAACAUGCGAGUGGGGGCCACGUGCUCAGCCUGCGGCAGGUGAUCACCCACGGCGGCUAUAAUCCCCAGAGCCACGACAACGACCUGGCGCUGCUCAUCCUGAAUGCCAGGCUCAAUUACACGGAGCACCUGCAGCCGGUGCCCCUGGCCACUUUGAGAGACCCACCCACCGCGGAUACCCGGCUCCUGGUCAGCGGAUGGGGGUUCGAAGCGGAGGAGGGCGGGGCCAGUGGGGAGGUGGGCGUGUCGCCGCAACUGCGCUUCGUGGACGUGGACCUGGUGGACUCGGAUCAAUGCCGGCGAGCAUAUCGCCAGGUGUUGCCCAUAACCCAGCGGAUGAUCUGCGCCGCGCGUCCGGGACACGACAGCUGCCAGGGCGACUCCGGCGGACCGCUGGUGGGCUUUCCAGCGGAUGAAGGUCCGGCCAAGCUGCUCGGCAUUGUGUCCUGGGGCCUGGGCUGCGCCAAUCCCAACUAUCCGGGAGUCUAUACGAGCGUGGCUGCCUUUCGCAACUGGAUCGAUGCCCAAGUGGGCGCAUGGGGAUGGAACGGCCUGUUGGCGGGGUGGAGUGGAUUGCAAUGA